ACUGUCACAUUGACGUUCCAUUUGCCUUUCUUGGCAUUGCCGAUUAUCGUUUUGUUCACCGGUCAGGUUGGUCGAAUCGGUGAUAACUGACGCCAUUGACAGUAUUUCGACGGCACCGAUCGACUGCAAGAUGCAGUACCAUACCGGAUACCACAAUAAUACCAUGUUUAGGUCUCGAUCUGAUCGUGAUGAACAAUACGGUAAGCAAUCUAAUUAUUGGAACGGUCCACCAAGCCGAACUAUUGCUCCAGUUCAAGAUUUCGGCGGACCGAAAUCCACUCAAACCAACAACAAUAAAUCGACGGUGACACACGAAACAAUGACGAAACCGGUCUGGGACGUUGCAACGUUAAAACCAUUCGAAAAGAACUUUUACGUUCCCCAUAAGAAUAGCACGACCCGUUCGGACGGAGAUGUUCAAAAUUAUCGCCUCGAUAGGGAGAUUUUUGUGCGGGGUUCCAACGUUCCGAUUCCGAGCGAGUGUUUUGAAGAGGGUAGCUUUCCCGAUUAUAUCACCGACGAGUUGAUUCGUCAAGGUUUUCAAGAACCGACAGCUAUUCAAGCCCAAGGUUGGCCCAUUGUGUUGUCCGGCCGCGAUUUGGUUGGCAUUGCUCAAACAGGAUCCGGGAAAACUUUAGCUUACAUGCUGCCGGCCACUGUGCAUAUUAAUAGCCAACCAAGAGCUAACCGAGGCGAAGGACCGAUCGCUUUGAUUCUUGCCCCUACCAGAGAAUUAGCUCAACAAAUUCAAAAAGUCGCUAGGGAUUUCGGAUCGUCAACAAUGAUUCGUAACACGUGCAUUUUUGGGGGAUCACCUAAAGGACCUCAAGCUCGCGAUUUGGAGAGAGGCGUCGAAGUGGUUAUAGCUACUCCCGGACGUCUUAUCGAUUUCUUAGAAAAGGGAACAACAAAUUUGUCGAGGUGUACUUAUUUGGUGUUGGACGAAGCUGAUCGAAUGUUGGAUAUGGGAUUUGAACCACAAAUUCGUAAGAUUAUUACACAAAUUCGUCCGGAUAGACAGGUUUUGAUGUGGUCUGCUACUUGGCCUAAACAAGUUCAAGCUCUUGCUGAAGAAUUUCUUGUUGACUAUAUUCAGGUAAAUGUUGGCUCAUUAGCUUUAACUGCAAACCACAACAUUCGUCAAAUAGUCGACGUGUGCGAAGAACAUGAAAAAGAAGGAAAAUUAAUGAACCUCCUCAAGGAAAUUGGCUCAGAUCGCAAUAACAAAAUCAUAAUUUUCGUCGAAACCAAGAAAAAAGUUGAUGAUAUUACUAAAGCUAUAAGACGAGAAGGAUACGCAGCUACUUGCAUCCAUGGGGAUAAAUCACAACCGGAAAGAGAUUACGUAUUAAAUGAGUUCCGCAGUGGUAAAUCGUGGAUUUUAGUUGCAACUGAUGUGGCAGCUAGAGGUCUCGAUGUUGAAGACGUUAAAUACGUCGUUAAUUACGAUUAUCCAAACUCCAGUGAAGAUUACGUCCAUCGAAUUGGCCGUACUGGAAGGUGUCAGCAGGCUGGUACUGCAUACGCAUAUUUCACCCCCGCGAAUCAACGACAAGCAAAGGAUUUGAUCGCCGUUUUAGAAGAAGCCGGACAAGCUUUAAAUCCGCAAUUACAAGAACUUGCCAUGUCCGCAAGAAACAGUCAAAACAGUCGAAACAGAUGGCAAAAUAGAAACAGGGAUAAUGCGUCUCCAAAUUCCAGUAAUGGAUCGAUGAGAAAUAAGACUUGGACUAAUAAUAAUAAAGUUGCUCUCGAACAUACAUCCCAACAAAGAAUUAAUCCUGGACGACCAAAUAAUAUUCCACAAAAUAGUGUGGGAGGGAGAAAUGGGGAUAAUAAUCCAAGGGGUUUUAAUAAGAGUUAUCAUAACAAUGGUUACCAAAAUGCUUAUAAUCAACAGUAUCAGAAUCCAUCUUAUGGGUAUGGACAAAUGGGUGGUAACGGGGGCUAUCAAAAUGGGCCAGGAAGAAAUUAUGGUAACGCACCUCGCACUUAUAGUAACCAACGUUAUAAUCAAAGGCAAGCGUAUUCUGGACCACAACCACCAAAUAAUCCCGGAAUGUAUACAAUGCCCCAUCAAUAUAUGAUGCCACCACCUCAAACCAACGAUGGUUUACAAUCGAUAAUGAACAACAAGUUCUUCCAAACGCGCGGUUUACCCAACAACGCAAAUCCGUGCGGUUACCAAUCUUUGGGACAAGGUCAGGGCCCCUACAACCAAUACUCAGGGCCGGUCCAAUACGCGGCUUAUCCGCCAUACACCCAACCGCCAACAGCCGCCGUUCAACAGUAACUCGCGGCCCCGUUUACCGCCUCGUGUAGCAGCAACCUCUCAUUCGUAAGUGUUUCGACGUGUUUUUUCUGAAAAAGAGAUUUUCUCCAAAAAUCAUUUGUCGCGUUUAAUUACGCGCAGGUGACGCGAGAUACACGUCGAGUCCUCCUCUUUUUUAGAGGGGCGUUUGGUUUUUUUCUUUUUUUUUUUAAAUAAUAUAAUUAUUUUAUUUCUUUUUAAAUGAGGGCUCGGCGCGUACGAUGGUGGUAAUAUACUUUAAAGCUUUGCUUCUUAAUGUUUAUAAAUGUAUUAAUGCUGGUUCUCUGUAUAAUUCUUUGAUGUGGACUUGUAGAAUUCGGGUGACGAUUUAAGGUGGUUCAUGUAGGACGUUUUAUUAACAUUUUUAAUCUGGUAAAAAAUAUUUUUGAGAUAAAACUUGAUUAAAAUGAGGAAAUUCGAUAUCUUUAUUUUUGUUUAGAAACUUUUUAAUGUUUGGAAUUUUGAUCAUUACUAAUUUUUCGUACAUGAGCUAUCUUAUAACUUACUGACAAAGGUUGUUUGCCGAAAAUUGAAAUUUCUACGGAGACACCCUUCGAAUGAAUCCGGUUUUUGGCGUAGUAAAAUUGAAAAAAGCCGCGUUAUGGCCACUGCUGUUUUGAAUCCAAGAAACCGAUCCAUUUUUCCACUCCCCUGGUCCCCCCGUUGCAUUCAAAAAGUAAUUAAACAAAGUGAGCCUUGCGGUCUGCGGUCGAUCGUUUUAGUAAACUACAUAAAUGUGUGUCCGUGGGGACGACCCGUCGUCGUCGGCCCGUGUAGCUGUUGUAGUCGUAUAGUUUCAUGUAUCUGUAUGCUGUUGAAAUGCACGAAACAUAUAGAAGGGGAGAUUGGGCUAAACCUGUUAAUUUCGUUAUCGUCAUAAAUAUAAAUAUAUCUCUAAUAUGGUUUAACGAAGAAAACAUAUUCCUAUAUAUUAUCGGAACGGUACAGCCAAACUUCUAUAAAAGCCUAAAAGCCAAACCGGGCUGCUAUUGUUCUAGUCCGCGAUCGAAGACAGGUUUAAUUAUUAUUGUUAUUACGGGAGAAAAAAAAUAUAUUAAAGAAAACUACUUAUUUUCGUUUUUUAGGUGUAAAACUGUUACUAUUAUUUUAUGGAUUUUUUUUUCGUUGGUUAGAAUUUUUUUUCAUUUAGUUAAUUUGAAAAAAUCAAAUGAGAAAACUUAAAGAUAGUUUAUUAGACGAAUUUGUCAUUGUAUAGAAGUUUGCCAAUGUACUGAUAUAUAGAUAUGAACCUGUGCGAGAGUUUUAUCAUGUUUUAACGGUGUACCUGUAUUGGUGUGCAAGUGGACUCAUACGUUAUCUCUUUUCUCUUGCGAAAUCUUGUUGCGUACUCUAAAAUGUUAUUAUUCAGAUUCACGAAAUUAUUUGAAAUUUUUCUUCUCUUAUCUACAUCAUCGAACUAAACUCGUUACUAAGUCAACUUAGUUACUAAGUGAUGAAAUAAUGGAAUCGUGAAUAACAUUUUAGCGGUGCACAAAGGUUUGCUUCCUAAUUAUAAUUUAUGUUCCCUUAAAUUUAGCGUAAUAGUACAAAAAUACACAUUUAACUACAUAAAUAGAAAUACGAUGAAUCUCUUCGAUUAUAUUAAGUAUUGAAAUGGAGAAAAGGGAUUGUAAAUCGUAAUUGAGAAUUGAACAACGUUUAAUAUUAUAAUUUCGUUUUAUCGGUUCUAUUGCGAAUCAUAACAUGACUGCUUGUGUAGCCGCGUCGCGUGUCCUUGAAACAAAUUUCUACACACAAGGGUCGUGUAUACUAAGUAUAUAUAUAUGUAGUGUUAAGUAUUAUCUCGUUUGGUCGUUUCCCGCGUGGUGCUAUCUGCCGCUGCGCAUGACAUCCGUCUGUGAUAUUUAGUGAGUAACGGUAGAGAAAGAGAUGAUUAAUGAAAUGAAUAAUGUUUAACUUUUCGUGAUUGAGAGAAACCGCCGGUCCGCGUUGAUACAAUGGUACAAUUCAUUGUUUGGAAUGUGAUAUUUUUCUCAAAAGACUGAAAUAACUAGCUAUAUUUUUUUCUACAUAUUGGUCGAGUUUGCGUCGGCCGAUCCGAUCCGAUCAGAUCAGAUUAAUCGCAAAUCCGGUCGUUCACAAAUCGAACGGAACAAAAUGACAAAACGGUUAUUUUAUCGAGAUGAUUGUAUUGAUGAUAUUGAUGGUGAAUCGUUUGAGCGGAGCGUACUCUCUUCGCUUAAUUACCCGAAAAAGUUAUAUUAUUCGUAAAGAAAAAAUAAACUAAAAAAAAACCAUAACGUGAUCUGCCGCGCCAUUGCAACCUAACGAUAAACGAUUUUGGCAUAAUAAAUACUUCAGUCCGUAUUCGUGAUGACUGACUUAUACGUUUUCCGAAUUAUUAUUAUACGUAAGAGUCUCAAUUAUAAAAUCUAGAAACCAAAAAAUUAAAAAAAAAAAAGGAAAAUAAGAAAACCUAAAAAUGAUGAUACGACACAGAUCUAGUACAAUGCCACACACUUUUCGGUCAUGUUUUAAUUUUUUUAUUGGUACAGUAGUUACAACAUGGCCCCGAUUUGAAACUCUCUCUAUAUGAAAUAAUCAUUUGAAAGAAAUAUAUUUUUUACUCUUCUGUAAGUUUCCAACAAGUGCAUUUCUUGUAUGUAAUACAGUAUUAUAAUAUAUACAUAUAGUUCUAAUAAAAUUUAUCCGCAAGU